AUGAUAACACUCGAAUCCCACACAGCGACAUGCGCAGACUGCUGGGCGAGAGGGGAUAAGCGGGUUUACGAACCACCGACAUGUGAAAAAGCUGACCGAGACGGAGAAGACCCCGAAAUGGCGACAUUGAAUUUCGAACCCAACGCAGCUGAGAGUGAUAAUAUUUCCGACGAUGACGAGGACUAUUUCUCAGCUGAAGAGUCCCUGUCGCCAUCCCCAUACUCGCGACCUGCGACCCCGCAACUAUACUAUGAGGUACAUCCGCCGUGGUGUCCUGUAUCCGAGGACAACGACUUCGAUCUGACCAGGGCCUGUGAUCCCGUGGAUUUUGCGUCGGUGGGGAGGGUCUAUCGAGCAAGGCGCCACAAGACGACCACAUUGGAGGACUUGUCGGAUGGUGGGGAUUCUUUUGUUUCUUGUGAAGAGUAUAUCGAUGAAGAAAUUCCUGACGAGGAAGGUUUCAGUUCUGGGAAUGAAGAAGACGAUCUUUAUUACAGUAUUAUUGGCCCCCCUGGUAGGCCCAAAGGCCUGAUCAAAAGCUUGGAGGAUCGAUCGUUGCUGUUCUAUGGCUCAGCUCAGGAGUACUAUCCAACAGAAGAGUAG